AUGAUGAAGAUGAUGAAGAUGAGGAUGAAGAUAAUGAUGAAGAAGAUGAUAAAAAAAUACCCUUGAAAAAGUAAGAAAAGAUUCCCAAUGUUUUGGUGACAAGUCUUGAAUCCAUUUUGUUUGAUUACUGAAUUUUUAAAUUGUUUCCAUUUUGAUCAUUUAAAUUAAUCAGUUAAUUGUUAUCUAAUCAACGAUAAUACUUAAUAACUUAUCAGUUUAUUAUCACAAGUGAUUGAUUUGUUUUCAUCUAAGUUUUUUGUUUCCAUUUGAUUGUAACACCAUUCGUGUUUACAUCCAUAAGAUUUAGUUGAUUUGUAACUAAAUUAACUAAUUGUUUCACAUGGAUAACCUAUUACAAUGUGCGAUACCUUAUUCAAUUAUAGCACUUAACGGGAUCGUAUUCUGGUUAAUUCGUAAAUUGUUGUCGCCGAUUUUACCUCGUAAAGUUGCCCUUCUGGUGUGGGAAAUAAUUGCAACUAUUGAAUUAUGUUCUGGUUGCGCUGAGUUGGGUGUUAUCUGGACACGACAUGGUAAUAUUGGACUUGCCAUUGCGCUAUUUUUGGCCUCACUUUGGUGGUUAAAUGUGUUCGGAGACGCUGAAGCUUGUCCUUGUGGUCCCAUUGAAGACGCAAUUUUAUUGCGUCAACCAAUUACUCAGCCAGCAAUUUAUUUACGUUUAAUUGGUCAAGCAAUUGGUGCUUAUUGUACAGCAAUGUACACUGAUUUAAUUUGGCGCUUCCAUUUAACUCCCGAACACACUGAAUUACAUACACAACGAUGUCAGGCCGCUUUACAAACAUCCGUAUUGAAAGGUUUCCUUGUUGAGAUGUUAAUUACUUUCGUUAGUCGAAUGGUUUGUUUGGAAUCAUUUAAACUAAAUCAACGACUCGCUAAUUAUAUUAACGCAAUGGUGACCGUUACAUUGGUUCUUGCAGCUCUUGAUACUUCUGGUGGUUUCUUUAAUCCCAUUCUGGCUUCUGCUUUAACCUUUAAUUGUCAGGGUAAUGAUUUUGUUGAAUUUUUCCUCGUCUAUUGGAUCGGUUCACUUGUUGGAGGUUUAAUUGCAAGGAAAAUCCAUUUGAUGAGCAGUCAAAAACGGAAGAUGAAAAGUUCCUAAUUAAUGAAACAAUUAAAUAAUUAAUCUCCAGUUAAAAUACUCAUUAAACCAAAGAGAUACAUUUGUAUUGAUAAUCAAACACACUGACAAUUAAACAAUUGUGUUGAAAAUUAA